CUGCGCGCUGCGGGACAGCGGCGGCUGCGAGCCGGGGCCGGGGCCGGGGCCCGGGCCGCGGCCAUGGGCACGGCUGGCGGCGGAGGCGCCGCUCUGCGGCUGUCGGGGCUGCACGGGUACGCGGCCGAGUUCUCGCCCUACUGGCCGGGGCGCGCCGCCUGCGCCGCCGCGCAGUACUACGGCAUCGCAGGUUGUGGAACUCUGGCAGUGCUGGAACAAAAAGGAGCUGGGAUUGUUCUGCUCAGGAGCUAUGACUGGAACGAUGGCCUUUUUGAUGUGACGUGGAGUGAGAACAAUGAACACGUGUUGAUCACUUCGAGCGGGGAUGGAUCUCUGCAAGUCUGGGAUACGGCUAAACCCAGAGGUCCACUGCAAGUCUAUAAAGAGCACACUCAGGAGGCAUAUAGUGUUGACUGGAGCCAAACUAGAGGAGAGCAGCUAGUGGUGUCUGGUUCUUGGGAUCAAACAGCAAAGCUGUGGGAUCCAGCUGUGGGGAAGUCUUUACGCACUUUUAAAGGCCACGAAGGGGUUAUUUACAGCACUAUAUGGUCUCCUCACAUCCCUGGCUGUUUUGCAUCUGCCUCAGGUGACCAUACUUUAAGAGUUUGGGAUGUGAAAGCCCCAGGAGUCAAACUUGUAAUACCAGCCCACGAGGCUGAGAUCUUGAGCUGUGACUGGUGCAAGUAUGAUGAGAAGUUGCUGGUAACCGGUGCAGUUGACUGCAGUUUGAAAGGCUGGGAUUUGCGAAACGUCCGGCAACCGGUGUUUGUCUUGCUUGGUCAUACCUAUGCUAUCAGAAGAGUGAAAUUUUCACCAUUCCAUGCAACUUUAUUGGCCUCCUGCUCCUACGAUUUUACUGUGAGAUUCUGGGACUUUUCCAAGCCUAACCCUUUGCUGGAAACAGUUGAGCAUCAUACUGAAUUUACAUGUGGACUAGAUUUAAGCCUUCACAACUGUGGUCAGGUGGUGGACUGUGCUUGGGAUGAGCUUGUCAAGAUCUACACUCCAUCGUGCCUGACAGGUCCUGUCUAGAGAGAAAAUGAAGAUCUGACACAAUAGGAACCUUUCUGUCAUCAUUCACAACCAGACUUGUGCUAAACUGUCAGCUGCGUCACUAAUCUUCGUGUCUCUUUUUAAGUAAAAGUCUUGUUUGUACUGAAAGGGUUGUGCACUUGAGCAUGUGGACUUGUUGUACUGAACAGGUUAGUGCUUGGGCCAGCAAAACAUUCAGCAGCUACUGAGUGGCUGAAGAGGACAGUAGCAGAUACAAGCUGGAGUCUUCAGAGCAGAACCACUGACACAAUUUUGUGAUCAGUCUGGCUAAUGAUGAGAGCAGAGGCCAAAAUCUUCUUGAUCCUUAUAAAGAAUAAAAAUAACUGACAGUGCAUUUUUACAGAUUGUCACUGUAGAAAAGGAGAAAGUGUUUUUUCUCGCUGUGGAGUACUGUAAUGUCAACCUGAGGCUUGUAUCACUGGGAUGCGUUUAUACUGAUACAUUUUGCUUUGACUCACAUUGCAUUAUUUUCUUGUGCAGUAUGAUGAAUACUCUUGAUAGACAGUAAAUGUCAUAGUUGAUAGCCAUCUGAUUCCUUUGACCUUUUUGAUUGCUGCUUCACAGAGAUGGUAGAGAUUAUUUUCAUACAUUUUUCCCAUGGAUCUCCUUGAGUAAAACAGUUAAUGAAGUCAUGCAGAACAAUAAUCUAGAGAAAACACUUAGGAAAAAAAAUGAAAUACAAACAAUACUAAUUAGAUCACAAUUCUCAAGAUUUAGAGAUAGGACAACCAUCUCUUUUAAUAGACUUAUCUUUUACUUUCACUUAGAUUUUUCAAGAGAUAGAAGAGGAAUGUGGCCAUAUAUUUAGUGUUUCUGGACCUACCACUGACUGGCCAAAGUGAAAGGUGAUGUCUGGACUAGUUGAGUCGACACACAUGCGGAUUAACUUCUUGGCAUAAGCAUAGCAGAUCCAAUGUGGCUAAGCUAUUAUCAGACUUGCAAGAAUACACGCAACAUAUUAUAGCUAUGUUGAGUAGUUUCUUUGCCCACUUUAACCCCUCAGCCCACAUAUUGGUAUUUUCAUUUGAUUUUUUUGGCAACAAGUAGAGGCAUUCAUUUUCUUUAGUUUUCCAGUCUCCUUUAAAUACUGUAUCAGCCUCUUAAGGAUCCCCCUGUGAUACUCCUGCAGUUCUCACUUAUAUCUCUUUGGCUUCUCUCUUAGUUUCAUGUUAGCCCUUUUUUUGUUUUAUUUUGAUUUUUUUUUUUUUUACAUUCUUAAAGCUGUCUCAUUUCUGUUGCUACCCCAUGACGUCAAUCUUUACCAUCAAAAGACUCUUUGCAGGUGCUAGGUCUUCAGCUGGGUUCCUAUAGUCUCCUGUUAAUGAAUGCAGUACGCUUCUGGUUGCACCACUCAUACAUCAUGUAGCAGCAGAUACUGCUAGAUAUUUUGAAGAAACAAAGGAAAGAAUCAGCAGAACUAAGAUUUGUAGUGAAGAAAGUUGUGAGGAGAGAAUUACUGGGCUAUCCUGGAGAAAGCCUGGGAACUAGCAGGCAGCUACAGGGAGAUACGUAUAUAUUGAUUUGGUGCAAGAGCAAGACAGAAAGAAAACCCCUUUCCACAGGAUGAGAAUUUGAAUCAUGAUAGGUUCUUAAGUUUUCUGGAUCAGUGCAAACUGACACUGGAAUGCCAUCCUCUCAAGCUGAAUAAAAAACACAAGUGGAUUUUCUCUUUUGUGAGAGUGUGUUGCACCAAAUUCCAAAGGUUUAUUGCAAUUUUAAUUCUUCAUGCUGAGGAAUGAUGCAAUCAUACAGCUAUGCUGCACAGAGCUUUCAGCAAUACCAUGGGCCGUAAAAUCUAAUUCUAAACAUUAAAAUUGAUUAUUUCAACCUUAACAGUUACUCCAGUCUUCUGCUCUAUCUCCCUUUUCUCCUUAGACUUGCAGAAGUAACUGCAAGUUACGUGAGGGAGUGGUAUAUUUUGUUGGUGGGUAUGUAUUCUAUACGCAUGUUUCUGGGGGUGGUGGUGGAUGUUUCCAGAAUACUGCCAUUGUGUAUCGGUUGGCAAGGCAGAUUUUGGAAAGCUAGCACAGAGAAAGAAACAAUCCCCGUUCUGCACAUGCACGCUCAGCACAUGGAUUAACUGCCACUCCUUUUCUUAGCUGCCUUCUCUUCCCCCUGUGUCCAGGUUAGCUUCUGCGCUGAAGGUUGCUGAGGUUUCUCUCUCUUUAAAAAUGAGCGCAUCUAGAAGAUGCACAUAGUAAAUAUAAACUGUGGCCUUUAAUCUUCCUGCUUGAUCUUUGAAUGGGGAGAACAUGCUGUCACGUUUUUGCACUGUAACAGAAAAAAAUAAAAA